AUGCUCAUAGCCUUAUAUAGAAUAAAGCAGGACGGCUGCGUUGCACCACCGGUUCCAUCUUCCAAAAUUCGACGUGCAACUUCGUCGGUGAAAAAACGAACAACACGAAGACUGGACGGAAUAAUAUCCGAAGACCUAGCGAAUAUUCCACUUGUCCUCAUAAACACACUUUUUCGGCUCUUCACACGUUACCUGUCUGAAUGCAAGGUACAGUGGAAGACCAGCAAGACCAUACUAUUGUUCAGGAAAGACGACCUCCACGAUAUCCGGAACAAUAGUCCAAUCCUGUUGUUGUCUGUCGUCAACAAACUUUUCGGUCCAGUCAUCACAAACAGGACUGUUAGAACACUGGACGAUGGAGAGCCAUAUGAGCAAGCAGGGCGUCGAAAAGGAUUUGCUACGAUGGACCACAUCUACAUGAUAGCAAAACUCAAUGAAUUAUCGCGAGAGUACAAAAGAUCGCUCUGCCUCACUUUCAUCAAUUUAAAGAAAGCUUGUGAAUUUAAUGAGACAGGAGCAAUCACACAAACUCUGGACAACAAGAGUGUCCUUACUUAG